AUGAAGCGCAUCCAGCACAGAGACAGAACGAGAGCCGCAGAACAGACGGCGGGGCCGCUCGCACGGCCCUCGGGUCUUCCUGAGAUACCCCGCGCACUGAUUCCUCUAGCAGGUCUGAGCGGGUGGCGGCGGAACCGUGCGACAUUGCAGCCUGCUCUGGGGACCCCUGCUGUUCCAUGGCCGCCCCCGAUGGACCACCACCUCCCCACGGGGCCCAGCGCAGGUCUUGAACAAGAGACGGAGUGGCCGGUCACUCUGGGGACAGAGCAGCGGCUUGGAGCGCUGGCUGGGCCCCUUCAAGCCGCGUGUCUGGCCAAGGACUUGGCCGGCGCGUCCCCUGCAGGCGGGGAAGCCGCGCUCGGCUCCCGUCUGCUCGGGCCCUUGCUGUCGCGCGCCGGGACCCGGGGCGCCGCCCUCCGCGAAGCUCAGCUUCCUCCCGCGCCGGCCCUGCUUCAAGUCGGGGACGGGACCCUGCGCUGGCACGCGGCGAGCGCUCUGGAAGAAAACGGAGAAAAGGCGCGAGGAGAGGGAGAGGCAGGGAGGGGGUCGUCCUGCGUCCCGCACCGGGACAGCGGGCCCUGCGACCCUGCGGCCGCUCCCGCCUUGGCUGCCCCGCGGCCCGCCCCUGGGGGCUGUGUGGGGACCGCGAUGCUGCCUGUCAAGACGGCUCGCUCGGCACCCUUCACGACCAACGGGAGAAAGCCAAAUGUGUCCCCUAACAAUCACACAGGAUGCCCCACUUCUAGUCUGCUGGGCCUCCAGCUGCCCCAGACUGUCAGCUCCCUCAGGGCUCCCCCAGAGCCUUCCCUUUUCCACUGUUCAGAGAAGGGGUCAGGGCCCAUGACUUGUGAAUCAAAGACAGGACCAAAGGACCCUCCUCUCGGGGAGAUAAGGUUCUCAACGGUCCUCCAGGUCGGGGCUAAGGACCGAGACAUCCAGGCAGGCCCUGGUUUAUUACAGGAAAACAGAUAUCCAAAGAAUAUCAAGAAGCUGCAGCUUCCCAAACACCCCCUCCUUGGCUUCCGGCACCAGAGUCCACCAUCCAUCAAGGAGGCAGAGAACCAAGAAUACUCACUGGCGGAUUCCCUUAUCUCGCCGUCCCCUUCCCUGCAAGCAGCCUCACAAGGCCAAAUGCAGGCCAGUGGGAAGAUGCCAACCGGACCCGUUCACUUCUCUUUGGGCUUUCUGAAAGUGGAGGAAAAGAUGGGCUGGCAACAAGCUGUGCAAGAAUCAGAUGGGUCCAAAGUCCGCACCAUUUACCUCAAUGAACCUCUUAAGAACAAUUUCUGCAAAAACUCCAUCAGCACAGCCAAGUACAGCUUGUGGUCAUUUCUCCCUCAAUAUUUGUAUCUGCAGUUUAGCAAAGCUGCCAAUGCUUUCUUCCUGUUCAUUACUAUUUUGCAACAAAUUCCAGAUGUGCCUCCAACGGGAAAAUACACAACUCUCUUGCCUUUGAUGAUUAUUCUUAUAAUUUCAGGCAUCAAAGAGAUUGUAGAAGAUUAUAAACGACAUAUGGCAGACAAAUUAGUUAACACAAAGAACACAGUAGUGUUAAGACAGGACACAUGGCAAGAGAUUAUGUGGAAAGAGGUACACGUGGGUGACAUUGUGCAGGCCUCAAAUGAGCAGUUCCUUCCUGCAGACAUGGUCCUGAUUUCUUCCAGAGGAGAGGCUUUUUUGAAGUCCUUGCUCUGUGAUAUCACUGGAACCCUAGUGAAGCUACAUUUUCAUUUUGAGGCUUUGUCAGAAACAGCUGAAAUGCAAACAGAAAAGCAGUUGUCAAACCUAUCUGGAAAAAUAGAAUGUGCAGGACCUCAUUGUCAUUUCAAUAGCUUUGUGGGAACCUUGUGCCUAAGUGGUAAAAGCCCUCUUCCAAUUGGGCCUGACCAGGUCGUGCUAAGAGGUACACAGCUUAAAAAUACUUGGUGGAUCCUUGGCAUAGUUGUUUACACUGGAUUUGAAACGAAAUUCAUGCAGAAUUCAGUCAAAUCGCCUCUCAAGAGGUCAAAGGUGGAGAAACUGGCCAACGUGCAGAUCCUGGCGCUGUUCGUGCUGCUCUUGGCGAUGUCCUUGGUGAGCUGUGCGGGAGCCUUUCUCUGGAAUCGAAGGUAUGGAGCAGACAUUUGGUACAUCAGGAAGAAGGAUUACAAUUCCCACAACUUUGGGUUUGAUUUAUUGGUGUUCGUUAUCUUGUACCACAAUCUCAUCCCCAUUAGUAUGCUGGUCACUCUGGAAAUGGUGAAAUAUGUUCAGGCCCUGUUUAUAAACUGGGAUGACGAUAUGCAUUAUAAAGAAAACAAUGUCUACGCCAUGGCCAGAACAUCAAAUCUUAAUGAAGAGCUUGGGCAGGUAAAAUACUUAUUUUGUGAUAAAACGGGAACCCUCACUUGCAAUAUUAUGACAUUUAAGAAGUGUACCGUUGCAGGUAUAAUUUAUGGUCAGCCGCCUUCUCCCAUCACAGACUCCUGUGAAUUUGAUGACCCAACAUUAUUGCAGAACUUGGAGAGUAACCAUCCCGUGAAAGACUAUAUAAAGGAAUUUCUUACCCUGUUGUGUGUGUGCCACACUGUUGUUCCUGAGACAGAUGGAAAUGAUAUAAUCUACCAAGCUUCCUCCCCAGAUGAAGCAGCUUUAGUGAAAGGAGCAAAGAAACUCGGCUUUGUUUUCACUACAAGAACGCCGUAUUCUAUCAUCAUAGAAGCUAUGGGAGAAAACUUAACGUAUGAAAUUCUUAAUGUCCUGGAGUUUUCUAGUAAUAGAAAAAGGAAGUCUGUAAUUGUCCGAACUCCUGCAGGACAGCUCCGGCUCUACUGCAAAGGGGCUAUAACAGAUGUUAUAUUAGUUAUAGUUAUACGGCUACUUUCUGCAGACCUUUGGGAAUUUCUGCUACUUGGAGCCACAGCCAUUGAAGAUUGCCUUCAAGCACGUGUUCCAGAAACGAUAACCAACUUACUGAAAGCAGACAUUAAAAUAUGGGUCCUGACAGGAGAUAAACAAGAAACUGCAAUUAACAUAAUUAAUAGAUCUAAAGAGAGUUUUAAAAAUCUGUUUUUGUUCUUAUUAAAUGAAAAAAAUUUAGAAGCAACACAGGAAACGAUUAAUCAGAACUGUCAAGAUCCUGGAGCCUUGUUAGGUAAAGAAAAUGACCUGGCACUAAUCAUUGAUGGUGAGACAUUGAGAUAUGCCCUCCAUUUUGAAGUUGAGAGGAGCUUCCUCAGUUUGGCCCUCUCAUGUAGAGCAGUAUUGUGUUGUAGGUUAUCUCUUCAGAAGGCUGAAAUAGUGGCCUUGGUUAAGAAGCAUGUAAGGGCCAUCACUCUUGCCAUUGGGGACGGUGCCAACGAUGUUGGGAUGAUCCGGAUGGCCCACGUGGGUGUGGGAAUCAGUGGAAACAAGGACAUGCAGGCAUCCAACAACUCAGAUUAUGCCAUCGCACAGUUUUGCUACUUGGAGAAGCUUCUGUUGGUUCACGGAGCUUGGAAUUAUUUUUGAGUGACCAAAUGCAUAUUGUAUUGUUUCUACAAGAAUGUCGUGUUGUAUGUUGUUGAGCUUUGGUUUGCCUUUGUUAAUGGAUUUUCUGGACAGAUUAUGUUUGAACGUUGGUGCAUCAGCUUGUACAACGUGAUUUUCACUUCGUUGCCACCUAGCACUCUGGGAAUCUUUGAACGGUGUUGCAGUCCGGAGAGCCUGCUUAGGUAUCCACAGCUCUACAGAGUUUCUCAGACAGGGAAAAUUUUCAGUGCAAAGGUGUUUUGGAUUCGCUGUCUAAGUGUUUUGGUCCAUUCCUUCAUCCUCUUCUGGUUGCCCACAAAAAUGGUGGAGCAUGAUAUGGUCUUACGAGGUGGUCACACUACAGACUAUUUGUUUCUUGGAAAUUUUAUUUAUACGUAUGUAGUUGUUACUGUUUGUCUGAAAGCUGGUUUGGAGACACUGUCUUGGAAUAAAUUUUGUCAUUUGGCAGUCUGGGGAAGCGCAGUGAUAUGGCUGGUGUUCCUUGCAGUUUACUCUUCCCUCUGGCCCACCAUUCCUAUUGGUUCCGAAAUGACGGGACAGGUUAGUUUUACUGUCAUUGGUGAAUAUGCCUUGCAUUCUUCAUGA